AUGGGGGACCCGGCUGAAGAUUUCAAAUCCCUACCCUUACCAGAUCGAUUCGUACACAAAUUAUGGAAGGUACGCAAAGAAGCAUACGAAGAUGCCGCCAAAGAAUUCGAAAAGACUGCCGACGAAUCAGAUCCCGUGUUCAAGCCGUUUUUACAAGACCCGAGUCUUUGGAAGGGAGCCGCCGGAGACACAAAUGUCGCCGCCCAGCAAGAUGGUGUUGCUGCUCUGUGCUCUUUUCUUCAAUAUGGAGGGACGCAGGCUUGUAUAAAGACCCGAUCCCUCACCAUCACACCUAUAGUCGAAAAGGGCCUCGCGGCAGCCAGGCCAGCAGCAAAGGCAAAGUCACUCGAAGCGCUGUUGUUAUAUAUCGAGCUAGACAAGCCUGAUCCGAUCAUUGAGGAGCUAUUGCCCUCUCUCUCACAUAAGCAACCCAAGAUCAUCGCAGCCACCCUCUCAGCGCUUACUUCGAUAUACCAUGCCUACGGUUGCAAAACGAUUGAUCCGAAACCUGUACUUAAGGCUCUCCCCAAGGCUUUCGCUCAUGCCGACAAGAAUGUUCGAGCGGAGGCAUCAAAUCUCACGGUGGAGCUGUACCGCUGGUUGAAAGAAGCCAUGAAAGCCAUCUUUUGGGGCGAGCUAAAACCAGUGCAGCAAAAUGAUCUCGACGCGCAAUUCGAGAAGGUGAAACAGGAACCACCGCCGCAACAGGAAAGAUACCUCAAGUCUCAGCAAGAAGCCAUGGCGGCCGCUGCAGAAACGGGCGGAGACGAAGCUGCAGGUGGCGAACCGGAAGACGGAGAGGACGGCGGAGAACUGGAUGAAUUCUCUCUGGCUGAGCCCAAGGAUGUUAUUGCAGCAGCGCCCAAGGAUUUCCACGAAAGAUUGGCGUCUUCGAAAUGGAAGGACCGAAAAGAGGCGCUUGAUGAGCUAUAUGCUGUUAUUAAUGUUCCUCGGAUCCAGGAGGGUCCGUUCGACGAGAUGAUUCGCGGAUUUGCCAAGUCCAUGAAGGAUGCCAAUGUAGCGGUUGUAACGGUCGCUGCAAACUGUGUUGAAGCUCUGGCAAAAGGCCUUCGGAAGAGCUUUGCCAAGUACCGGUCAAUGAUCAUGGCGCCGAUGAUGGAACGCCUCAAGGAAAAGAAGCAAUCGGUGACAGAUGCCUUGGCCGGGGCUCUGGAUGCCGUGUUCGCUUCCACUAGCCUAGAGGAAUGUUUGGAGGAGGUUUUGGAAUUUCUCAAACACAAGAAUCCCCAGGUCAAACUUGAAUCUUUGCGGUUUUUGAUUCGAUGCCUGAAAACAACACGCGAUAUGCCCUCCAAAACCGAAAUCAAGUCUAUUGCUGACGCGAGUACCAAGUUGCUCGCAGAGUCUACUGAAGCCUUAAGAUCUGGAGCCGCUGAAGCCAUGGGAACGUUGAUGAAGAUCACGGGAGAGAGGGCUAUGAAUCCGUACAUGGAGAGCUUGGACGAUAUUCGCAAGACCAAGAUCAAAGAGUACUUUGAAAAGGCCGAAGUGAAAGCAAAGGAGAAGCCCAAGGCGGCCCCUCCUCCACCCAAACCUGCCGCUGCGCCGGCUGCAGCUACGAGGAAGGUUGUCAAGAAACCCGCACUCGGAGUUAAAAAGCCUGCUGCUCCUGCUCCUCCGCCUCCAUCUGCUCCAUCACCAGUCGAAGAGCCACCCGCGGCCGCGCCUUUGAAGUCCCAGCCAACUUCGAGGGGCGUUCCGUCCAAGCUCGCUGGUCCCAAAUCUGGCCUCGCUGCGCCAGGAGCCGGCCUCAAGUUGCAACGGAAGAUUGUUCCUCCAGGUGGAACACCGUCUGGUCUAGCAUCGCCCAAACGUCCAGCUUCGGCUGGAGCCCCUGAAGAAGAAGUGCCAGCGCCGCCAAAGUUUGGGCUCGGCAACCGUGGCCUUGCUGGACGACCUCUGGGAAAGCUUACGCCGCAACCUGCACCAGUGGCUUCUGAAGCACCCUCGCCCGUUCCGACUCCAGGAUUAGGUGCAGCUGAACGGGCCGAGCUUGAAGAGCUUCGCGCUGAGAAGGAAAGGCUGAUGCGGGCAAAUGAAGAGCUGCGCAUGGAGCGAGCUAAGCUAAAUUCCCAGAUCAACGAAUUACAGAACCAGAAUGCUCAGCUGAUUGAGGACCACACAAGAGAUGUGCUGAGCAUCAAGGCCAAGGAGACCCAGCUUGUGCGGUCAAGGAGUGACGCAGAAACGGCCGAGCAGACGUGCCAGAAGCAGCAGCGAGAGAUUGAGCGGUUGAAGCGGGAACUCAGCCGUACCGUGCGAGUGACAAGUCCACCACCGGCAGACGUCAGUGACCAUAUCUAUCGAGAUGUUGAAAUGAACGGACACUCGUUUCACGACGCGUAUAACAGCAGGCAAGCUUCGGCGCGAUCAUACGUGUCGAGCCCUAGCGACGAGAAGGAGAAUGGAGCCUUUGAGGCUCCGCCAAGAGCCAAGAUGUCGCCGACCUUUUCUUCAGAGCGCAAUUCUGGCACCAGCGGCCGUGGAAGCCCAAUCACAGGGUCGCGAAAUGCUAGCGGCAGUGGCAGCAAUGGCGACGGUAUUGAGAGCUGGAAGCGAGCUGCUGAAGUGACGAGCCAACUCAAAGCUCGCAUUGAACAAAUGAAGGCGCGACAAGGGCUCUCGCGAUAUCCUUGA